CUAAAUGUCGGCAUACUACCGCAAGUUGCUGUAGAGAAGGCUUUACAAACCUCAAACGUCCGCUGUCCCGUCAGGCUCAACUGGAAAGAAUCUUAAGUGGUCCAAAAAGUUAAACUGAAGUGUUUAUAAACUUUUGCUGUGAAUCUUUUGCCCAACAAAUAUGGCAUCAUGCUUGUGGAUUUUCUUUUUGGCAUGUCUUGUCACAACGAAGGCGCAGGACUUGGACCUUGGCGCUGCAUUGGAUGACAUCGAUUCAACAACAACAGCACCUCCAAAAGCAUCAGAGGAUUCAGGAAAGGUAGUGCCAGCGCCACCCAAGAAGAGCGGAGACGGUGGUCUGGAUUUAUUUGAUGCUCUUGAUGACACAGAAGGUGACCCAGAGCCUAAGAAACCGGUGGAGCCACCAAAGGAGGGGGGCACAGGAGGUGAUUUGAAUAUUCUGGAUGCUUUGGACACAGACUCAAAGAAACCAGCUGGAGAUGGCUUUGAUCUUAGUGACGCUUUAGGUCCAGACCCAGAGCCUAAAAAACCAGCUGUGAACCCUCCUAAAGACGGUGGAACAGGUGGAGGUUCCUUCGGAGAUGAUGACCUGGCUGAUGUUGGAAACGACAGCGGCUACAAACCCGACGGAGGGCGAGCGCGUGCUGCUGAUCCCGGCCCCAGUGAUCCCAAUGCGGGUGCUGGUGACCAACCCCAAGCGGCCGGAUCAGGUCAGCUCGCCGGCAUCGUGAGUGCAAUCGGAGUGGCUCUUGUCGGCGCGGCAUCCAGUUACUUCGCCUACCAGAAAAAGAAGUUAUGCUUCAAGAUUCAAGGGGGAGCUGAUCCAGAGAGUGGGAAAGAUCAGCAAGGCACUCAUUCUGAGCCUCAGGUUCUCAGCAAUCUGCUCAAGUCAUCCUAACUGACCUCAGACUCACCCAGAGAAGCUGCACCUUCGACACACGCAAGUAUGGACAGCUGUAACCCUAUGGGGACAGAACUGUUGGUGUCAUCAUCUAAGAUAUUUUUUCCCCCUUUGUGUUUCAAACGUAUAGAGUCGAUUCAUUUUCAUCUUAGUCAUGUAAAAUAUUGUCUUUUCUUUGGUGUUUAUGAACGUGUGAAUCAGAAAGGUAGUUGUCUAGUGUGGUUGUGUGACAUUUUAUUUUUGAUACUCUAACAUACUUUUUUUUUUUUUCCGUUUAAAUCAAAGCACAGUGCUUUCGUGUCUGCAUCAUCAGGUUAUUGCCAUUCAUAAUGUCCUGUUAGUAUUGUAACUACAUCAUGCAUACUUCUGAUGAGGCCCUAUAAGCAGAUAUAGGUUCAGUCUAUGCAAGGGAAUCAGCAGCGUGAUAUUGUACUUUAUGUGAGUUGGACAAAGCCAUUUGCCUUAAACGUUCUUUACCAAUGCUUUUGCACAUCAGUGCACAUUUAUCUGCACUUCUUGGAUUUAUCUCCCCCUUUUGUAUUAUUUUGUGUAUCUAUGGUCUAAAAACAUGAACAAUGAAAACCAUUGAACAGACAUUAUUGUGCUCAACAGAACUCUUAAAAAAAAUCAGUAGAAAUACUCUGGUGUUCCUCCCCUGAACCAAUGAUUGUAGAGAUCCAUAUUUUCACAAGUGAUUAUUUUAGAUGUAAAUAUUCUAAAUUUUUACAUGCUGCAUAUGGUAAAGUAAACCUUUUUGUGCCUGGUUUGGUUGUUAGAUGAUAGUAAAUAUACAGUUCCUAUGAAUAUUACAUGCUUGUGUUCUACAUUGUGAUAGAAGAGUACAGUCAUGUGCCGUGGGGUACACUGAAGGGAUUCCUCACUGCCCUGUUCUGUACGAACUGAUGAAGAAUGUGUGUAACAGCUUCAUUAUCAAUGCUGACCAUGAUUGGGAAAUAUUAAUGCUGACUAUGUUUGGGAAAUAUUAACACAGAGGUUUUUU